AUGGUGUAUGACACAGAGCAUGACAUAGGGUAUGGCACAGGGCAUGACACAGGGCAUGACAUGGUGUAUGACACAGAGCAUGACAUAGGGUAUGACACAGGGUAUGCCACAGGGUAUGGCACAGGGCAUGACAUGGGGUAUGGCACAGGGCAUGACACAGGGCAUGACAUGGGGUAUGAAACAGAGCAUGACAUGGGGUAUAACAUAGAGUAUGACACAGACCAUGAUACAGGGCAUGACAAGGGGUAUGACACAGAGCAUGACAUGGAGUAUGACACAGAGCAUGACAUGGAGUAUGACACAGGGUAUGCCACAGGGUAUGGCACAGGGUAUGGCACAGGGCAUGACAUGGGGUAUGAAACAGAGCAUGACAUGGGGUAUAACAUGGAGUAUGACACAGACCAUGAUACAGGGCAUGACAUGGGGUAUGACACAGAGCAUGACAUGGAGUAUGACACAGGGUAUGCCACAGGGUAUGGCACAGGGCAUGACACAGGGCAUGACAUGGGGUAUAACAGAGCAUGA